GGCCGACCGACCGACAUCAUGGAUUUUAGACAUUUAGACAUAUGGAAGCAUUUAAAAAAAAUGCAUAUCCAAUACUGAACGCGAAUACUACAAUAGUUUUCUCGUGCUGGUAAUGAAACUUGAGACACCUGAUACCUGUUGAUUAGGAAUUAAGACAGAAACUGAACGACACAGCGAGCGAUAUACAAAUAGUAAAGAAACGGUAAGCGAAUGAGGAAUGAUCUUGAUCCCGUGAUCGAUGGUGAGAGGGUAGCCAUAAACACACAGAACGGGUUGCCACUACUAAUAAUAUACCCUGUUAAAGUUACAGAUAUUUAUGUUCAAUCUCCAUGGCUAGAUUUUUCAAGAAUCAUAAGUCUUUAGAAACUGGUCGACAGAAGAAGGAGAAGAAGAAACUACUGUCAACAGUUACCAAUCAACUGGAACUGACGACUCACCCCAGCUUGCAACUAAGUACAGAAUUCAAUGUCUUACUAGACUUAUUCGAACGCCUAUAGGUACUCAAAAUUGCAAAUACUUAUAAGAGACAAUAAAGAAUAUGGAUAAACAA